UCUCUCUUGUCGUCAUUUCCUACUCGUACACUUCCGGAAGAAGCGGAAAACAACAUUGGAGACUAACAGCUCAUAGGCUAAUACUUUGAAAAAGGAAGAAACCCGAAAGCCGUUUGACAACCAAAGACCAACACUGUCGACAUGUUUUCCUUCCACGUAUUCGACCACCCGAUGUCUCGCGGGUUUCAGAACCGAUUCUCCACUCAGUACCGCUGCUACUCCGUUUCAAUGCUGGCAGGUCCCAACGACCGCUCCGACGUGGAGAAAGGAGGGAAAAUAAUAAUGCCCCCUUCAGCCCUCGACCAGCUCAGCAGACUGAACAUCACCUAUCCGAUGCUGUUCAAGCUGACCAACAAGAACUCGGACAGAAUGACACACUGUGGUGUGUUGGAGUUUGUGGCAGACGAGGGAAUCUGCUACCUGCCACACUGGAUGAUGCAGAAUCUCCUACUAGAGGAAGGAGGUCUGGUCCAAGUGGAGAGUGUUAACCUUAUGGUGGCCACUUACUCAAAGUUCCAGCCACAGAGCCCUGACUUUCUGGACAUUACAAACCCCAAAGCAGUACUGGAGAAUGCACUGAGAAACUUUGCCUGCUUGACAACUGGUGACGUCGUAGCUAUCAACUACAACGAAAAGAUAUAUGAGCUGCGAGUAAUGGAGACUAAGCCAGACAAGGCCGUGUCCAUCAUUGAGUGUGAUAUGAACGUGGAUUUCGAUGCCCCUUUGGGUUACAAAGAGCCCGAACGACGGCCCCAGCACCAGGAAGAACCAACAGAGGAAGAAGCAGAUCCAACUAGUUACGCCGACAUGGACCUGGGGUUCAGAGCUUUCACCGGCUCUGGCAAUCGCUUGGAUGGUAAACUAAAAGGCAUAGAGCCCAGCCCUGCCCCUCUUGACCCAAGUGACUUUAAAAGAGGCAUCCCCAACUACGAGUUCAAAGUUGGCAGGAUCACCUUCAUCAGAAACUCGAGGCCUGUGCCCAGGAAAUUUGUAGAUGAUGAUGAUGCCCUGAACAGAUUCAUCGCCUUCUCUGGAGAAGGACAAUCACUACGCAAAAAGGGCAGAAAGCCAUGAAGGAUUUAAAGUGGAGGGGCCUGGAUAAUGCCCACAGACUCACCAUAUUAAUUGUUAUCUUAGACAGCCGAGUAAAAAGAAAACCCUCAGAUGCACUGGAAUUUUGCUUCAGUCCCUUUUUGCUGUUGACUUUGGAUUUAUAUAUCAUUAAAACUUGGGACAAUAAUAUUUUUGGCAACAAAAGCUCCCUAAAAUGCAGCCUAGAGUUCGUGGAAUUAAAAAAAAAAAAAUCCAUACUUCCCCAAUAAGACAAUAGCUUGUAGAGUGUACUUGUGAAAUUAGAACAUUUCCAAAGCCUUUCCAUAAUUGUUACAUUUUUAAAAUUUACUUUAAAUAUACUUCUAUCCAGCGCCCUAUUCUUAUCAAAUGGGAGCAAUAAUCGCUCAACAUAUAUUCUUUUUAAUUAUUAUAAGGAAAGCUUUUUUUUUUUUUUUUUUU